UGUAGAUGUUAAAUUAUGAGAAAAACACAAUUUCACUUUCACAGUGUAUAAUAUUCAAAAUUCAAUGAUAAACACACACACAAAAACGUUAUAAAAAACCCAAACCGACGAUGAGUAACCAAACCGAUGUAUAAAACGACAUUGCCUUUCUCUGUUUUUUGUGUUCAACAAAUUUCAUUAAGAGAAAGAAGGGAAGUGUUUGAAUGAGUAUUCAUUCAUUAGUCCAAGAAAAACAUUUAAUGGGCCUGUUUGUAGGCCCACUGGCACAUAACCUAUCUUCUGUAUCAUUGAUGCCUUCUCCUACCUUCCUCUGACGCUCACAUCGGAAACCCUAAAUCUCCACUCUCUCGCGCCUUUUACCCCUUCUCAGAAUCUUAACCAUGGCGGCGACGAGCGAGCACACCAUCUUGCAAUUUGUGUCUCCGUCAUCAACGGCGUCCGCUACAACCUCUGUACUCACGGCGAGGAUCCACCCUCUCGUUAUCUUUAACGUCUGUGAUUGCUUCGUGAGACGUCCUGACUCAGCUGAACGAGUCAUCGGAACUCUCCUCGGAUCUAUCUUACCUGACGGAACCGUCGAUAUCCGCAAUUCAUACGCCGUCCCUCACAAUGAAUCAUCCGAUCAGGUUGCUGUGGAUAUUGAUUACCACCACAAUAUGUUAGCUUCACACCUUAAGGUGAAUUCAAAGGAAACUAUUGUCGGCUGGUAUUCAACUGGUGCUGGGGUUAAUGGCGGUAGUUCGCUGAUUCAUGAUUUCUAUGCUAGAGAAGUACCCAACCCAAUUCACCUAACUGUGGAUACUGGGUUUACUAAUGGUGAGGGUACUAUCAAAGCUUUUGUCUCUUCAAACCUCUCACUCGGUGAUCGACAACUCGUUGCACAUUUUCAAGAGAUUCCUGUUGAUCUCCGCAUGGUUGAUGCUGAGAGAGUCGGAUUCGAUGUACUUAAGGCAACAUCUGUUGACAAACUCCCAAAUGACUUGGAAGGAAUGGAGUUAACAAUGGAGAGGCUGUUAACUCUAAUCAACGAUGUCUACAAAUAUGUUGACAGUGUCGUGGGAGGUCAAAUAGCUCCAGACAACAACAUUGGACGAUUCAUUGCAGAUGCAGUAGCCUCCCUUCCCAAGUUACCUCCACAAGUCUUCGAUAACCUCGUGAAUGAUAGUCUCCAGGACCAAUUGCUUCUGUUGUACCUAUCAAGCAUAACAAGGACACAGUUGAGUCUAGCGGAGAAGCUAAACACAGCUGCUCAAAUGCUAUAAUAAGCUUGGAAACACAAGGUUUUGCUAAAAAUGGGGAAUGCUGCUUUUUUGGUUUCGAAUUUUCUUUUAACAAGUUUAUGUAAGAAUCAGCUUCUUGUUGUAGUGUUCCUAAAUUGCAAGUUUAAGAAAGACAAAAUGCUCUGUUUCGUGAAUUAAGGUCUUUAAAAGGGAUUUUUAGUUGGUGUGCCUAAUUUUAAACAAUAUACAUAUAAAUGAGCUUUGUUCUUUUUUUAUUUGCCACUUGUUGCGCCUAAUCUUUAUCACUGGAGAUAUUUAUGCUCAGAAUUUUGG